AUGGGGCGCGCGAGGGCCACGGCCGCCCAGGAAGAGCGGCAGAAGAAGCUUCAGGAGUAUUUAGCAACUAAAGGAAAGCUGAAGUGUCCAAAUACAAAACCCUAUUUAAAGGACCGGACCAAUCAGCCAAAUCCACAGUUACCACGACUUUCUAAAUCAGGGCCUAUUGUCCAGUCCCAGAAGGAUGUUCUCUCAAAAGUGUCGAAAUGCAUACCGAAGGAUCGUGCACCUGCUGUCAAAAACACAAGGAGUGCACGUCAUGCUCUUCAGCAGAGGUCCUCAAAUGCCCCUGGGUUCCAGAGGCCAAAGAGUAUACCUCCCAACCUUCUGGGAAAGAGUACAGGGCCACCUGCCAACCUUCUACCAAACAAAAGCCAUUAUGUGCAACCGAACAGGCUGGCAUCAUCAUCUACCUGUCAUCAGUUAAAUCAAAUACAAGAGACUGUGAAAUCUGAAAAUCCAGGGUCAGUCACCGAUCAAAGGGCUGUAAUGUUGACCCAGACUGGAAAUGAUCCCCAGUGUGGGGAGCACCACUCAGUAACUGAGAAUUUGCAAGAAAUGAUAGACUGUGAUAAAGUAAAUCUUCCUAAUAAAACCGUUCUAGAAUCUUCUGAGAACAGGACAGAAUCCGGACUGGACAUCAAAGUACAAUCUAGGACUGGUUUAAACAAGCCAGAGAGCAAAAGAGGUUUGGUUCACAGGCAUACCUUGGGCACAGCUCCAAGGAACAAUGUGGAUCUGAAAGACAGAGUUACUGCCUGUCAGACCAGUAAGGAACUAAUUUCGAAUAAACUAGCAAAAUCUCCACCUGGCUGUAAAGUCGUGUGUCCUCAAAGACCCAGCAGCAAAGCCCGGGGGUCAGUGCCUCCUUCCCAGAUAUUUACUGUUUCUAGUACUCGGCUAUCCAAGAAAUCAGGUGCAGAAAAACAGUGUCUACGUCCCAGUGUUGUGAGGCAAAGCACAGUGAAAUUACAGGCAGUUGGAAUGCUCGGUCUUGCAAGACAGCCCACACAAAAGCAAUAUGUGAAACACUCAAGAACAUGUAAAACUCCUGGUGCUCUGGAAGUUGGAAGGUCCAAACAACAGGUUAGAGCUGGACAAGAUCUGAAACUGACAAGGCCUCCCAUAAAUUCUCAUGUCUCCAAGAGGCCCUCUGUGAUGGAACCGAAAGCAAAAUCAAAACCCAUGUCAGAGAGACCCAAUUCAAAAACAAGUGGCACAGCCAACUGGCAAAUGAAUGCAACAAAAGGGAAGCAGUGCAUUAAAGACUUGAAGAAAGCUUCUCAGACUUGUGAUACAAAAUCCAAAAGCACUCUCCCCAGAAACUGUACUGCAAGCACAUGCAUGUCCAGAGACCAAGCCAGUGUUGGCAUGCUUAGGAAUAUGAGAGAAACACCCAAGCGAGAGCUGUUAAGGGUAAAAGAGGUUCUGCAUAAUCAGGAUCCCAAGACCCCAGCUGCUGAGAAUCGCAAGAAGCAACUGGAGCAGUGGUUGGCAUCCAAAGGGAAAUCGUAUAAACGUCCACCCAUGACACUGCCUGCUAAAAAGCCAACCAAGGAGAUGGUGAACCUGUCCUUCUGGAAUGGCAUGGAGGAGGAGGAGAAGAGAAAGCAGCUCUGCAUGACGGACAAGAUCAAUGGCAUGUUGGCAGAGUGUCUGGAACUUGCUGAGAAGGGUUUUCCUUCAGAGGAGCUCUUCACCACACUGUCCAGUAUCCCAGAGGCAGAGAAGUUUGCCAAGUUCUGGAUCUGCAAGGCAAAACUGCUGGCUCGUAAUGGCACCGUUGACAUGACUGGGUUGUAUGAAGCAGCGGUUUGUGCUGGUGCUGCGCCAAUCCAGGAGCUGAGAGAAGUUGUUGUUGAGUUUUUGAAAAAUACAGACAACGUAUACCAAGGGGUCUCUGCACGCCCUUCUGCUGAAGUCAGCUCUCAUAUAGUGGAGGAUGCAGCUGAACAGCCAGUGCUUCAGGGGCCCAGAACUCCUUGCCCUGGCACGAGAGAGCAGGUUGUGGCAACUCCACAGUCCAGUUUAAGGUUCUUGACUAGCAAGCCAGGCUCCUUGGUCAAGUUACAAGUUGUCCCAGUGCCCAGAACGAAGGGACUGUCUGAUAUGCAAGACUUGAAAUUCUUAACCCCAGUGCGGCGUUCUCUGCGGAUAGAGCAUGCCAUAUCCUGUUACCCAGAGAUGCUGAGGGAACAUGACACCGUAGUGUCUUCCCUUGAUGAAAUAUUGGCCAUGGAGGAUAUGAGCCAGGUUGUGUUUCGUAAAAAUGAGGCCCUGCUGGAAGAGGAGGAGCUGGAGCUUUAGGCUGGUGGUGUCCACAAGCUUCAUGGCCUUCUGUUAUGGUUUCCUCUGCCUGACUAAAGGGGAGGCCUGUAAAUAUACUGGGGAAAAUGUGUAAUUGCCUUUCUACAGUGUCACUACUCUUAAUAAAUGUAUAUACCCUGUGACACAGUAUAACCUAGUGCAUUGCAUGCUGGCCUGGGACACAAGGGAGCUGUUCUUGGCUCUACUCCUGGCCUGCUGGUUGACCUUGAACAAGUCACAUCACCUAUCUGUGCCUCAGAUUCCCCAUCUAUAAAAUGGGGGAGAAUAAUACCGACCUCCUUUGUAAAGUGCUGUGAGAUCAACGGAUGGAAGAGCACUAUGUAAGGCCGAGGUGGUGGUACUGUGAUGAACAAGCUAAUGCUGAAUCCUUUGAGCCAUUCAGUAGCAGAAUAGCAGGGUCCUGAUGAGCCAAGAGGGGACACCAGAGCAAAGCAAAGACCUUGCAAAGAGGCCCUGGGCUCUAAUCCCACCACAUAGGCAGGGCUUCUCAGCACAACUAAUGUUGGCACCUCCACUAGCCUUGCGCCUCUUAAAAUGGUGCAGGAAAACUCUCAGGAUUGACUGAGAGCAGCUGGUUUAGCUGCAGGACCUCCCACUGCCACAGCAGUGCAGUAUUUCAGUGACCAGUGAGGAACUUCUUCCAAACUUGUGGUGACUAAGGCCUUGGCUACACUGGAGAGUUGCAGCACUGGUGGUGGCUUUAUAGCGUUGUAACUCGCUCCCUGUCCACACUGGCAAGGUACAUACAGCGCUGUAUCUCCGCAGUUACAGCACUGGCUGUACUCCACGGCCACGAGAGGAAUAAAGACUAUAGCGCUGCUAAUGCAGCACUGCCCCGCCAGUGUGGCCACCAAAAGCACUGUGAUUGGCCUCCAGAAGUAUUCGGCAGUAUCCCAGA